AUGGCAAGCGGGAGAAUGGGUCGGGUGAUGAAAGGAGGGAGAAUGGGGCGGGGUGAUGGAAAGUGGAGAAUGGGGCGGGGUGAUGGAAGGAGGGAGAAUGGGCGGGGUGAUGGAAAGCGGGAGAAUGGGGCGGGGGUGAUGGAAAGCGGGAGAAUGGGGCAGGGUGAUGGAAAGCGGGAGAAUGGGGCGGGGAUGGAAAGCGGGAGAAUAGGGCGGGGUGUAGAAAGCGGGAGAAUGGGGCGGGGUGAUGGAAAGCGGGAGAAUGAGGCGGGGAGCAAGGGCGGGCAGGGGCAAGGGGGGCAGGGGUGGUGGAGGUGGAGGCGGGGGCGGCGGCGGUGGAGGGGGGUGGAGGGGGCGGGGGCGGUGGAGGAGGUGGGAGUGGCGCGGGUGGUGGGGGGGUCGGUGGCGGCACAGGGGGUGGUGGAGGCGGCGGCGGUGGAGGUGGUGAAAGUGGUUGUGCCAGUAGUGGCAGCGGUGGAGCGGGUGGCAGGCGCGGUGGAGCGGUACAGCGGGGGGGUUUGGCGGUGGCCAGAGGCAGCAACAGCAGCGUCCCGGUGA